UUUGGUGUGUUGCCGUGGCAACACAUCCACCUCCUGAGUCCUGAAGCAGCUGCUCGCAGAUCGCAUUUAAUUAUAAAAAAUCUCAAGCGGACCAACAUUUUGCAGCUCAGGUCGCACUCAUGGCCCAUUACAGAUCCUCAGAAUCAAAGAGAGAGCAGUUUAGAAGAUAUCUUGAAAAAUCUGGAGUCCUUGACACGAUCACGAGCAUUUUAGUGGCUCUUUAUGAAGAACCAGAUAAACCUGACAAUGCCUUGGAUUUCAUUAAGCUCCACCUCGGGGCAGCUGGCCCAGAACCGGCAGAUGCUGAGUCUCUUCGCACAGAACUGGUUGAGCUGCAACAGAAAUGUAAUCUGCUCAUGGAGGAGAACAAAGAGCUGAAAAACAGGCUGGCACAGUUUGAACCGCCGCACGAGGAUGGAGCAGUGCAGUAGGAGCAAGGGUGUUUUCAUAUUGCUCUCUGGGGAGAAAACACUUUUUUUUUCUUUUUUUUUUUUUUAGUAGACUAAAAGUUUAUUUUAGAAGAUGUACAGUGGAGCCUUAAAUCACUGCUAGUUUUUGUUAUAUAACUAUGAUUUUUUUUUGUUAUAAAUAAAAACGUUUCCCAAGCAAG